CGUUUACUGUAUGCUAAAUCAGACUCGCGAAUUCGAACCAUGUGAUUUCUGAAGCCGGAGUUUUCACAGUUUAGAGAUGUCGCCAUACAGUCAUGGGAGCAAGAUUAGAUAUGGAUCUAAUCAGAUUUGAUUCCGAGUCGGAUAUCUAAUCUCGUGGCCUCGAAGGAUUGAAUUUCACGGGCAACGCGUGAUGCAUCGACCUCACGGACUCGAAACUUCGCAAGUUACGGCACCUUUGUUCGUAAUCAUGCACUCGACUAUUGCUUCCACCGGCCAGCCACGAGUUCAGCCCCACUUCGGCCUGCAUACAUUCCAGCUUAAUUUGGCCCACCAGUGUCUGGCUACCAUGGCAUCGCUCGCAGAUGUCUUGGCAUGCAAACUCCGGAAGGAGUCAUUCCAGGGUACAUCCCUGGUACAUAAGAGAUGUUGAAAAUUUAAAGCAUUCUUCUCGGUAGCGGACGAGUUCUUCGAAACCCAGACCCCUGCUCUUCUCGCCACGAGUCUUCGAUCCCACGAUGGUCGCCUUCGCUUCCUUGGCCCGCAUCGCGGGAAUAAUUAAAAUGCUCAUGGAGCUUCGCCCUCGUCAUCGUCUCAUAUCGUCUUCUUUCUGCUUCUGGAAUGCAGCGACGAAAACGAGUCAGAAAACCCGCUCGGUGCUGCACUAAUAAUGCUCCUUGGACCAUGACGAUCCUUCAUUCGACAAUGCGUGCCUUGUCUGCCGGGCCAGGAUGCAGUAGUAAUGGGCGCUCGCUGCAAUUACUCUGGUCCCUUCACGAGCUCCCGUGAAAAGCGACCGCUUUCGUCACACUCGAGGCCGAGAUCACCCGUUCGAAGGACCGCUAGGAACUCGCUUGUAGCCCGCCGCACAUGGCUCAUUCUAAACACGCGGAUCUUCCUGAAUUUGCGCUUUUGCUUAUAAGCAACGGGGGAUGGAUGUGAAAAUGCGAACCAUGUUUUCCAAAUUGUGGACAUCCGCUCUUGUGAGCGCCAUCGCUCUCGCCGGCACCGUUGGGGCUGGGGAGACGUUCCCAACCAAAGCGCACAUGCGGCAGCUGCAGGUCGCCGCUGCGGAACGCUUCACGCGUCCUGUUGUCGAGUCUGCCAUCCCCGGCGUCCAGAACAUCACAUUCACCGACCCGAGGGCAUCUCAAUUCUACGUCGAUGGCACGAGCAUCCCUGAAGUCGACUUCGAUGUUGGACCCAGCUGGUCAGGCCUGCUACCCAUCAGCAGUGACCCCAAUGAGACGCGCAAGCUUUUCUUCUGGUUCUUCCCGCCUGGGCCGGAGGGAAGUCUCGAUGAUCUGAUCUUCUGGACGAACGGUGGACCGGGAUGCAGCAGUCUCGAGGGACUUUUGCAGGAGAACGGGCCCUUCCAAUGGGGUGUCGGGACGGCCAAGCCCAUUCCGAACGUCAACAGCUGGACCAACCUUUCCAGUAUGAUUUGGAUUGAGCAGCCCGUCGGUACGGGCUACUCGCAAGGAACGCCGAACAUCACUAAUCAAGACGAGCUGGCUGCCCAACUGGUCGGCUUCAUGCAGCAGUUCCUGGACAUUUUCAAGGAGCUGAACGGCAAAAAGUUCUACAUCACUGGGGAGAGUUAUGCUGGAAAAUAUGUUCCCUACAUUGCCAACUACAUCUACGAAAACCCGACUGCAUUGAACCUGAGCCUGCAGGGCAUUUGGAUCGCCGAUCCGAGCAUCGGUCCCAAUGUUGCUCAGUCCCAGAUUCCCGUCUUCGAGUUUGUGAAAAAAUACCAGAACGUCUUUGCUUUCAACCAAGCGUUCAUGGACCAACUCGAGGCAACGAGCAAACAAUGCAACUACGCUGAUUACAUGUCCACUUAUGUGACCUAUCCGCCCAACGGUCUGCUUCCGACCCCAGAUGUUCCCAGCUCUGGGGACUGCGAUAUCUGGAACACCGUUCUCAAUCAGGCGCUCGUGAAAAACCCCGCAUUCAACAUCUACCGUGUGUUCGACACUUUCCCUGUGCUGUGGGACGUGCUCGGGUUCCCUGGGACGUUCGAUAACAUCCAAUUGGCGCCGUUGUACUUUGACCGCCCGGACGUGAAACAAGCGAUUCACGCACCAAUGAAUGUGUCCUGGACGGAGUGUAGCAACAUCGCAGUCUUCCCGCAAGGCGACAACAGCGAUUUCUCAUACCUUUCCGUGCUUCCAAAUGUCAUCGAGAAAAGCAAGCGGUCGGUCAUUGCGCAUGGGUUGGCAGACUUUAUCUUCAUUGCUGAAGGCACCCGUAUUGUCAUUCAAAACAUGACCUGGAACGGCAUGCAAGGUUUCCAGACCCCGACCGCCAACGACAGCCUCGUUGUCGACAACGUCGGCCCGCUCGGCACAGCACACACCGAGCGUGGCUUCACAUACAUCGAGGUCGAACUCAGCGGCCACAUGGUCCCCCAGUUCUCGCCCCUGGCCGCUUUCCAGAGCAUGGCCUACCUCAUGGGCUUCAGAGACACCGUUUAGCUAUGUACUCUGGACACGACACAACAUGUCAUCUCUUUCAUUCAUCCCGAAAUUGCACUAGCGUUGUUGAACAAUAACCUAUCCGUCGUAUCUUGUCGUAUUCCCGGCAUCUGGCCCCGACUCGCCAAUCCCAUUAGAGCCGAUUUGAGCUGUUCUGGUGUGAUAUCCGAGGCAGGAUUGUUGAUCGGAAACGGCAGAAUCCCAGAAAGGAAGCCAGACCCAAGCCCGACAUUCACAGGCGGGCCAAUCGAGAAGGGUUGUUGAUGUGCAGCCGUUGAUUGACUUGAGGGUCUCGGUGGAUCGAAAGAGGAGGAUGGAUAUAUCGACAAGAAGUAGGCGAUCAACCCAGCCGCAUGGGGCGCCGCCAUCGAGGUGCCCGAGAGCUCUUUCGUGGCGCCCUUCUCACCAAUAUACGUCGACAAGAUGUUCAACCCCGGCGCAAAAACAUCGACACACGGUCCGACAUUGGAGAAAGACGCAGCUUCGUCCUUGAUCGUCGAUGCUCCCACAGUGAGGACUUUGGCGGCAGAGGCUGGUGAGUAGUUGCAGGCGUUCUGAUUGUCGUUCCCUGUUGGAGAACAAGAUCAGUGAGUGAAAAUGUCCCAGAGGUUCAAGUACCUGCGGCAACGGCAAAGUGUAUUCCCGACUCGACAGCCCCGUUGACCGCCAUGUCCAACACCACAGACUUGCCUCCACCAAGACUCAUGCUCACAACGGCGCCGCGAUAUGCGUUGGUGGAAUUGAGACCCGAGUUCUGCUUCGCUGCUUGCCUCUUCGCUUGAGCAUCCUGGACGGCCCAGUCUACUCCCGCGAGUACAUCCGACAUAGAACCGCUUCCAUCUGAGCCCAGAACCUUCACAGCAAGCAACCGCGCCUGCUUCGCGACGCCGUAUGUCCGAGACCCGAUCGUCCCAGCGCAAUGGGUGCCGUGUCCGUUGGUAUCCGUGUCGCCGCCGUUCGUUGCAAUCGUCUUACCCCAAACAGCACGUCCUUCGAACUCGGGGUGAUGAGUAUCUAUGCCGGUGUCUAUAACAUACACGUCGACACCCUGACCACCGGUAGGAUCGUACUUGUAGGUAUAGCUUGAAUCGGAAUUGGGCGAGGAGCUGAAAAUAAGAGAGUCGCCAGAGCUAGGCAGUGUCUCGCGCUGGCUUAGCCGCGCCAGUCCCUGUUCCAUCAGGUAAGAAUACGCGUCAUGACGCGUCCAGAACGCACCCAAGGCGCGUUGGUCUGCACAGCGGGUGCUCCCUGUGUCUUCAUGACCUGAUCCCGCUCAAUGUAUCGUACCUCGGGCAGCGUCCUCAGUUCCUCCACCAUGCUCGCCGAGAACGUUGCCGCAUAACCAUUCCACGCCGCAUACACCUGCCCGAUCGAGUACACUCCCUCGUAGACGUUGUUGCUUUGAUGUGCCGCUUGCAGGUAGUUGAAGUGGUUCUGCAUCAUUUCUGAGACGUGUAUCGGCGAGGACGGGGAGUGAGAUGAGAACGACGACGAAGAUUCAGGCGCGGGAUUGAGCAUAACGAUGUAAGAGUCGUUGAUCAACCCAUAGCGGUGCUCUUCAGCGAACGGUGCGAGGCGUGAAGGCGAAGGUUGGCGAGGUGUACCUGGACGGCGAUGUCGUUGAGCCUUCGUAUUUUGUACGAGGGCCAGAAGAAUUGCGUUGAGAAGGAGAAAUCCUAGCAUGAUGAAGACAAUGAAAGGGUUCAACAC